AUGUACGGAGAUUCCGCGGCGCCGCCUGUCGAUCCCUACACCGACGCUUACAAUGAGGCUCCUCCGCCUGCCCCUGGGCCGCCGGUCGACUCGCGGGACCGCGACAUGCCUCCUCCGCGAGGCCGCUCUCGUUCUCGCAGCCCAGCAAGGGGCUCAACGUACCGCAGGUCUCCUCCUCCCCGCCGCCCCCCUCAUGCUCCCAUUCAGGCGCCCAACCCUUCCAACGUGUUGGGAGUGUUUGGACUGAGCAUCAGGACUACGGAGCGCGACCUCGAUGACGAAUUCAGUCGAUUUGGCCGCGUCGACAAGGUGGUCAUCGUGUACGAUCAAAGGUCCGACCGCUCCCGUGGGUUUGGAUUUAUCACUAUGUCCACAGUUGAAGAAGCUACUCGAUGCAUCAAAGAGUUGAACGGUGUCGACCUCAAUGGCCGUCGCAUCCGUGUCGACUACUCGGUGACCGACCGGCCUCAUGCUCCGACUCCCGGUGAAUACAUGGGCCACCGCCGUCGUCGUGGACGCGACACCUACACCGGUCACCGUGACGACAAAAUCGACGACUAUCGCGACUCGUACCGUGACUCGUACCGUGAACGCCGCGACAGGGACCCUUACCGCAGGGACGACAGGGACCGCGACAACUAUGGAAGGGACAGGGACUGGCGCGAUCGUCGGAGCCCUCCUCCGCGCGGCCGCUUCUCUCCGGAUUACAGAAGGCGCAGGAGCUACUCCAGGAGCCCUCCCAGAGGAAGUAGUCCGACACGUAGGGAGUAUGAUGCUCCCUCUGCUAGCGCGCUGCCUCCUUCGAACGGUGAAGGUGGCCGUUGGUGA